AUGCUCCGAGCAAAGCAUAUCAAUGCACUUUCUAACAGUGCCAGGAGUUUCCUCGUUGGUGGUUCCCGUUGUAAUGCAGCAGAUGGCAGUUCAUGCUCUUGCACUGAGGAUGAAACUUGUGUGUCUAGACGACAGCAUAUUAAAAAUGAAGUUUUACCAACACAGAAGCUAUCCUCCUUAGCGUCCAAAGCUAAGUCUGAAGUGGAUGGAACAUUGAUUCCAGCAAACUCAGUAAAUGGGCUAGCUUGCUGCAAGGCCGAGGGUGUUGAUCAAUCUCGCCGUAUUCAGCAAAUUGUGCCUGCUAUAAGUUCAUCAAGUAGAUCAGAUUCUGUAACAUAUGCUUCUGAUACUGGUGGUGUACAGAAAUGUGUUGAGCACUCAUCUCCUCUCAAUGCUGACCAAUUUUACAGGGCCGGCAUUGCAGCUAUAAAUUUUCUUUCUGAUUUAGCUAAUUACAAGUUUCCUUUAUCCAAUGGAAUGGAAAUACCAAGUUACUCCAAAAAUUGUAUGGUUGAUACUGCCAGAACCCCAACCAACAUCAGAUCUUCAAAUGUGAAACAGAUUAAAAAGGAGAACUUUACCAAUGUUCAUCCAAGGCCAUCUGUUUCAACUGAUUCAGGGUCUAAGCGUAUUAGUCAUUAUCACAGUGGAAAGUGUGAAGUUGAUAAAUCAAAUUUACGUAAAGGUUUUAGGCGUGUUCCUUCUUCUGGGACAGAAAAGUCAGUUGUGUCUCGAAAUAUUCUUUUAAAUAAUCAUGAACAUGGAUCCUUUCCACACAGGACAGGAACAAAAUCAAAUCACAUUGUGACAAAUUUUGGCUCCAACGUGCAUGCUUCAAGCACACAGAUGGUGGGAUCAAUCAAGGGAAGUUACACUAAACAUCCCAGGGAUCUGAAAAUGUCAUCUGGAGCUGCUCCAAUGAAUAAGCAUCUUGUAAACACUGGGCGGGUUGUGGAAGUGGUUUCAGAUAUACUAGGGCAGUUAAAGUGGGGUCCUGCCGCUGAAAAGGCUUUGUAUAGCCUUAAUUUUUCAAUGGAUGCAUACCAAGCAAACCAAAUCUUAAAAAAACUCCAGGACCACUCAGUUGCUCUUAGCUUUUUUUACUGGUUAAAGCGGCAACCAGGUUUCAGGCAUGAUGAACAUACUUACACCACCAUGGUUGGUAUCCUGGGCCGUGCUAGACAGUUUGAUGACAUAAGCAACUUGCUAGAUCAGAUGGUCAAGGAUGGAUGUCGACCCAAUGUUGUGACAUACAAUCGCCUUAUACAUUGCUAUGGCUGUGCAAACUACCUGAAAGAAGCAUUGAAUGUGUUCAAUGGAAUGCAGGAGGUGGGAUGUAUGCCUGAUCGUGUCACCUACUGUACACUCAUUGAUAUCCAUGCCAAGGCUGGAUUUAUUGAUGUUGCCAUGUCUAUCUACAAAAGAAUGCAACAAGCUGGUCUUUCUCCGGACACAUUUACUUACAGUGUUAUAAUCAACUGUCUUGGGAAAGCUGGCAAUUUAGCUGCUGCCCACUGGCUUUUUGGUGAGAUGGUUGAUCAUGGCUGUGUUCCUAAUCUGGUUACCUACAAUAUCAUGAUUACCUUGCAAGCUAAAGCAAGGAACUAUGAAAUGGCAUUGAAACUAUAUCAUGACAUGCAGAAUGCAGGAUUUCAACCUGACAAAGUUACUUAUAGCAUAGUAAUGGAGGCACUUGGCCAUUGUGGUUAUCUUGAGGAAGCUGAAGCAGUUUUUGUUGAGAUGAAACAGAAAAACUGGGAGCCAGAUGAACCUGUUUAUGGUCUUUUAGUAGACUUGUGGGGAAAGGCUGGUAAUGUUGAGAAGGCUUCGGAAUGGUAUCAUGCUAUGUUGAAUGCAGGUUUGCUUCCAAAUGUACCUACUUGCAAUUCCCUUCUCAGUGCAUUCCUCAGGUUGCAUCGAUUGAGUGAUGCAUAUAAUCUCGUGCAAAGCAUGGUGGCUCUUGGCCUCAGACCAUUGCAAACUUAUACGUUGCUCCUUAGUUGCUGUACAGAAGCUCGGUCAGCACAUGAUAUGGAGUUUUUCUGUGAGCUUAUGGCACUUACGGGCCAUCCUGCUCAUGCAUUGUUACUGUCUAUGCCUUCAGCCGGACCUGAUGGUCAAAAUGUGAGGGAUCAUGUAAACAAAAUAUUGGAUAUGAUUCACACAGAGGAUAGAAAGGGCAAAAGGGGGCUUGUAGAUUCAGUGGUGAAUUUUCUUCGCAAGUGUGGGCUCAAGGAAGAGGCUGGUUCAGUUUGGGAGGCUGCUGCAGAAAGGAAUGUGUAUCCAGAUGCUGUGAAGGAGAAAAGCUCUCGCUAUUGGCUUAUAAAUCUUCAUGUCAUGUCUGAGGGAACUGCUGUAACAGCAUUGUCUAGGACACUUGCUCAGUUUCGCCAACGGAUGCUGGUAUCCGGUAUUUGCCCUAGUCGGAUAGAUAUUAUCACAGGAUGGGGUCGUAGGAGCAAGGUGACAGGAUCUUCUCUGGUGAGACAGUCAGUGCAGGACCUGCUGCACACAUUCACUUUCCCAUUUUUGGCUGAAAAGGGCAAUUCAGGGUGUUUUGUGGGGUGCGGGGAGCCCCUUUGUCAAUGGUUGCACCACUCUUAUGUGGAUAGGAUGCAUUUACUGUAG